AUGGCGCUUUCUUCUAUCAAACCUCUACCGAAGCUUCCGAUCCUAGAACAAAUCGAGUCCAUGACGCGGAAGCCAGCAGCCGAACCAAAACCCGAGCCUCCAAAGCCUAGUCAAGUCGACGAGGAUGAGCUCCUUCUCUCCGCUGCCCGUAUCGCUGCUGAAUCUCUCAGGAGUGGUCCAAGACUCAUAGACAGCUGGUCUACUAGGCCAUCUGAACCUCGGCGCUCGUCUUUCAGCCCCCGAGGCAGUUUCUCUUCGUCAUAUUCCUUCUCCCGGAGUCAGUCGCCCCAGUCACUUGUGAACGGACAUGACCUUGCACUUGCCCCUGACACUGAUCUCGGACUGGGCCGCACAUUGUCUCGCACCGAACAAAGACUUCGCAUGACGGGUGGCAAAGGGCUGGCCUAUAAGCCACUGGACUUUACCCCUAAAAAGAAACGAAAAUCCAAAUAA